AAGUAAGGUCGAUACGUUGCAUUAUUUCCUUGUCUUAUCUAUCGUGACUUUUGUAUGUCACAUACAUAAGAAUGAUAAUGGACAUUCGUGUGGUUUUAUUUGCUGGAUUGUUUAUAACUGGUCUACAGUCGGAAUGUCUGAGAGGAUGGUUUCAUUAUGGAAAUUCAUGCUACUUCAUCAGUCACACACUGAAAACAUGGGUUGAUGCUGGGGGUUUCUGCAGAACAUAUAAUUCACACCUUGCAACUAUUGAGACAGAAGGAGAAAAUAUAUUCCUAACGGACACUAUUGCACUAAUUCAGAAUGGAGUCGGCAAAAGAGAGGACAUUUGGAUAGGGGGAACAGACGAAGUUAUUGAGGGUGUAUGGGUAUGGGCAUCAACAGGAAAAGACUUGACAUACACUAACUGGGACGCAGGUCAACCAGAUAACGUGAAUUCAAUUGAAAACUGUUUGUCUCUUGUAUGGUGGAGUAUGCCUGAAUGGAAAUGGAAUGAUUGGUAUUGUAGCCGUAAUUGCCACUUUAUAUGUGAAACAGAAUUCCCAGCUUCAGGAAGCAUAAUUGGAUAAAAGGCAGGCCUAGGCUGAUAUAGAAUUUAUGUGGAAAUUCAAUAAAAAUUUUGAUGAUUUUGCACAU